CCGCCUGAGCCGGGGCUGAUCAGUUUCUCGGUUCCUGCCCCCAACUGCGGCAUGGAGUCGUCCCAGGGGCGGCCUGGGCCCGAGGCGGACCUCCCGGCUGUAGGGGAGCAGCAAGCCGUGAUCUUCGGCGGCGGGCCGGGCCGAACCCCCUCUGAGCCGCCCUCAGGCCUCCCGGCGUCUGGGCAGGAAGAGGCCGAGAACGUUGAGGGCGCGAGCCGCCACCCCGGGGCGUCCCCGAAGACUUCCAGCCGCGGCGCCGUCCACCGGGCCGAGCGGGAGGCUCGGGACGACGAGCCCGGCCGCGGAGGGACGCGGUCCGGGCCGGGUAGCCGCCGGGGGGCGCCGGGCCCUGAGCCCGACCCCCACGGGUCCUCCCGGCUGAAGGACCCGGAGCCACCGGAGGACGAGCUUGCAUCCGAGAGCGGCUGCCGUCGAGGGAGCCCGGGAGGCAGCGGGAUGGAGGUGGAGCCGCAGGAGGAAGACGAGGAGGCGGCGGCGGCGGCUGGCAGGGCUGGCCGCUCGUUCUCCAGCCGCCUUCAGGACAGCCGCAGCCUGGACGGGCUGAGCGGGGCGUGCGGCGGUACCGGGUCCGCAGGGGGUGCCGAGCCCGGCGCGGGCGGCGGGCGCCGCGCCACCAUCUCCAGCCCCCUGGAGCUCGAAGGCACCGUGAGCCGCCAUGGCGACCUCACCCACUUCGUCGCCAACAACCUGCAGCUCAAGAUUCGUCUGAGCGGCGCCCCUCAGCCCCCGCCCCCUGCCCCUGCGCGGCCCUGCGCGGCGCCCGCACCGACUCCCGCCAUUCCUCCCAUCGACCCCGACGUGCUGCGGGACCUGGAGCGGCUGAGUCGGGAGCUGGGCGGCAGGGUGGACCGUCUGCUGCGCGGGCUGGGUGGCGCGGUGCAGGAGCUGACAGCGCUGAGCGUGGGCUGCAUCCAGACCUACCGCGACGCCGUGGACUCCCUAGGCGAAGCCGUGGACAUGAGCAUCAAGGGCAUGUACACCCUGCUGGCCCGCUGUGAGGAGCUGGAGCGGGCGCUGCAGCCAGUUCAGGGGCUGGCGCGCCAAGUCCGGGAUAUCCGACGCACCCUGGAGGUGUUGGAGGCCCUGUGCAAGUGACCGGGAGGGCAGGACAGGGCUGGCCAAGCCGGGGCCCAGCAGGAUCCUAAGGACUCAAGGAGCCCUGGUGGGAACUGCCCGCCGAGGGGAGGCCUAUAUACUGGAGGCUCUUCCAGAUGCAUUUAGCAGGCCUGCGACCACUCGCUGGGCCUUAUUCAGGUGUAUGUGGGGAAGUUCGGAAGCCUUCCCCGGUGGGAGGGGACGAUGCUCUGCUUCUAUUAAGUUGGCCAUCUGUAGCUACCUUGUUCUCAACUCUCUUCUCCAGCUAGAGCACCGUCUCUGGGAACCCAGGGCUUUAGGUCUCGGCUUGGGAGACGUGACUGCCAUAUGUGGUCCAGAAAGGAGAACAGAGGAGGCCCCAGCCCCCACUGUGGCCACCCUGAUUCCCGUGGUCACAUCUCAGGUGCCCGGGGCUGUGGGAGGUUGAGUGGUCCUUGGCCACACACCGUGCAGACAAGGAUGCACAUCCGCAGAUGGGUAACCCCCUGCUUCUGCCCUCUGGCCCCCUACCAUCCCACCUCCCCAGCCAGACCCUGGGUGGAGCUAGACGGAAUGCAUUGCAUGGUAGAGGGGGGUGAGGUGGGAGGGGUCUCGCUGCUCUCAGGGUUCAGGCAAAAUUGUUGCUGGUUUUGAAGCCCACCUAUUGUGGAGUGUUCUAAUCAGCUUUGGCUUUCUGAGUUUUUGUGGAAUUAAAGUCCUGCUGCUAAGGCUCAGGUGUGUUUGUGUGGGCUCGCAGGGGUGAUAAGCUGAAGGAACGGGGAUGAGGGUCGGUCUUUUUCACGGAGCUCUCCUGGCAGAUGCUGGGAGAGGGGCGGGGGGCCCAGGCUACCUGGGCAAGGCUAUGGCUCCUGCUCUUAGGCAGCCCUGCCAUCUGAGGAGAUGUGCAAGACACAGACAUGGGCUCAAAGAUCCAUUAAAGCAGAAACACAAGCAGGGUGACCCAUUAUCUGUCAGGGUCCUCUUAAAUCUUGAAGCGGGAUCUUAGAUCUGUAGGGAAGGGGUCCUCUUAGAUCUUGAAGCGGACAGGCAAGGACUGGGUGACCUCUUGGCUGGGAAGACUGUUACCUCCAUUCCUGACCCCGUUUCCCACAUGCUGCUGCUCAGUGUCCUUUUUGCCCCAACCUCUCCAAGCCUUCUGUUCACAGUUCGUAUAGUAAGAUCCCGGAGCCCCCAGGUUACGGGCAGGAGAGUUACAAAUAGAGAUGUAAGAAAAAACUCCAGUUUUAUGAAACUUUCCUCCUCCCCCGCCCCCAAGGCAAUAGCGUCUUGGAUUGAAUCUCAAUACGUUUCUAUUUUGGGUGUGAAAAGUUCUGGGAUUCAAAACGUUGCUCUGCAAACCUUCCCCGGUAACAAGAAAUUACCAGUACGAAGUUUUACGGAGAGGGGAGAAAAGGAAAAAGAGAAGAACCGCUUCUGGCCCGUACGGGGAUCGAACCCGCGACCUUGGCGUUAUUAGCACCACGCUCUAACCAACUGAGCUAACCGGCCAGCUGGUGCCAGCGCCUCAAACUGGAACCAUGUAGAAUUCAUCUUGUUGGUCCGUCCUGUCUGUAGGAAAAUUUGAAAAUGGGUAGGAUCAUUUGGGGGGACGUGAAAACGAUAUUAACAGAAUCACCAGGCACUUCGGGAAGCGACAGCAAGGCGCAGUACGGGUGACGGGUAAACACAGAUGCCACUCCCUGCUCGGCUGCAGGUCGGGAUGUGCGUAGGGAGCCCGCGAUGGACAGCGCGCACCUAGUGGUGUCCGCGAUCCCAACCAGAAACGUCAGAGGCGGAAAGCGCCGCCCGAAGCCUCCCGGUGGAUUCCCGGGCAGACGGUGGUGGACCUGGGAGGGUGGGGAGUGGGGGGUGGAAUUGCACAGGCAGGAUGUCCUGAGACACCUUGCAAAAGCAGUAGUCUGUGGAGGCACCGCUGGGAUUCGAACCCAGGAUCUCCUGUUUACUAGACAGGCGCUUUAACCAACUAAGCCACGGCGCCCACCGUCCGGUACCUGGCACCUUCUUUCCUUGGCCAGGUCAGCUCCACGGCAGGUGCGCGACAGGUUCGUGGCAGGUGCCUAGACGCCCCUUGGCACCAACCUCUGGCUGUUCUGUUAAACGGAGUAGAAGGGACGAAAACCAAGGCUGAGGACAAACGAACAAGCCGCAGGGGUGACGUGGAAAUUGAGUCGGGGCGGGUAGGAGGUAACAAGAGAAAUUCUUGAGAUUACAAAACUGAACCCUGGCUGCGACAGCCGCACGCCGACGAGGAUGGGAUUCGAACCCACGCGUGCAGAGCACAAUGGAUUAGCAGUCCAUCGCCUUAACCACUCGGCCACCUCGUCUGCGAGGUA